AUGGUAACGCAACAUACCAAGGAUAUGGUCAACCCAGAGUUUAUUGAUGGUAAUGAAGAUUACAUUUCAUUUUAUUGCUUUCUAAAGUGUCGACAUUCCUGCCAUCUUGUGACCUGUAAUCCACCAAUAAGUUGUAAUUUGUUUUACUUUGAGAGAUUACAUAAUUGUCUGUUAACUAAAAAUUCAUUUUCCAUUAUUUAGCUGUUGUGAAGUAUACCAGUCAGAAAGAGUCGAAAUCUGCCACAAAUGUUUCGUGUAUUCUUGGUUAUCUGUGUGAUAACUUUGAUGGUGAGUUUACUGUUUGAACUAUUGAAGAAAGGUUAAGACAUGUUUUUAAUUGUUUUCAGUUCAGACAAACACAACUGCAGCUUAUUGUCAAAUUAACACUACCUUUUGAAAUGUUGUAUUAACAAGCCGUCCAAAGUCUUCAAUUUGUAAAACAAUAUGUCAAUAUGCUUGCAAAGCCACUUUAAACUAAAUUAUCUUGUCUUUAUGCAAAGGUUUGCCAGUUGAAGCUAAACAGAUCAGAGAACAUCACUGGAAGCCAUAUGUUGAGAAACUGUUUAAUCGAAAGGUAUUUAUAAUAGAUUCAAUUUAAUUUUAAAAUAUUUAUAAUGCGCUAAAACAAUAAAUAUUCUAAAGCGCACACAUUGACAUUCAUUAUGGUUUUGAUAUUUAUCGUGAGAAAAAUAGAUGCAAUACUUGAUAAAAAAUCUUUCACAGUUAACACUUGUGACCAACAAGCAUAUCUAUUUAUAGAUUUUAAAAGGUGCAGAGAAAUCCUUUACUGGCUUGCUGGAGCUAAACAACUUUGAAGCCAAUGGGUAAAAAAGUUUUUAUGAACUAAUAUCAUAAAAAUUUGGUAAAAAUAAAUUAAAAGUUAGUUUAGUUUACUUUACCCUGUCAGCACUGAAAGGGAUGACCCUUUCUGAACCACUAGGGAAAACAGUUUAGGACUAAUAUAGUUAUCCAGUAUAAAUAAAUUAAGCUUGUUUAGUUUGAUUGAUAGUACAGUUUAUUCACUGAUAUUUAAUGGAUUUGGUCAUCAUUGUAGAAAAAAUGUUUCUCGCGAUUACGAAGAAUAUGUUUUGUUAUCUGGAGAUUUUGAUGAACGAGUUUUCCUCUCAGAAAAUGCUGAGGUUGAGAUUGGUACACCGCUUAAGAUGAACCAAUUAGAAGUUGACGUAACAUCAAGACGAAAUUUUGAAGUCUGGCAUCUUCAGUCUUUACUCGCAAGACUCAAGUCAGUUCCAAGCGAAGGACUUGUAGCUAUUUUCAAGUAAAUAUUACAAUGUUCCAUUGUCUUUUCAUUGUUUUGAAAAUCCCACUGUUCUCCAUGCCAUCCAGUCAUGAUCCAGUGAUCAGAAUGUUCCAUUGUCUUUUGAACUCUUUUCAUUGUUUUGAAAAUCCCACUGUUCUUCAUGCCAUCCAGUCAUGAUCCAGUGAUCAGAAUGUUCCAUUGUCUUUUCAUUGUUUUGAAAAUCCCACUGUUCUUCAUGCCAUCCACUCAGUGAUCAGAAUGUUCCAUUGUCUUUUGAACUCUUUUCAUUGUUUUAAAAAUCCCACUGUUCUCCAUGCCAUCCAGUCAUGAUCCAGUGAUCAGAAUGUUCCAUUGUCUUUUCAUUGUUUUGAAAAUCCAACUGUUCUCCAUGCCAUCCAGUCAUAAUCCAGUGAUCAGAAUGUUCCAUUGUCUUUUCAUUGUUUUGAAAAUCCCACUGUUCUCCAUGCCAUCCAGUUAUGAUCCAGUGAUCAGAAUGUUCCAUUGUCUUAUCAUUGUUUUGAAAAUCUCACUGUUCUCCAUGCCAUCCAGUCAUGAUCCAGUGAUCAGAAUGUUCCAUUGUCUUUUCAUUGUUUUGAAAAUCCCACUGUUCUCCAUGCCAUCCAGUUAUGAUCCAGUGAUCAGAAUGUUCCAUUAUCUUAUCAUUGUUUUAAAAAUCCCACUGUUCUCCAUGCCAUCCGUGCAAAGGCCUAUGGUACUAUUGUAUUGUACUGUUUCUAUUGAACAAGUUUUUUCUGUUUUUCAGAGAGUGCAAAGCAAACCUGCAAGAGGAUAUUGAGAAACGUGUUAAUGAACUGGGAGAACAGUUUAGUGUGAAAUAUACACAG